GGGUGGAGGGCAGGGGCUGGGAGUGGGCAUCCUGGGUAGGGUGGGUGGCCGAGGCGCGGAGGUAGGGGAGAAUGCGCCUCUCCAAAACUCUCGUCGACAUGGAUAUGGCUGACUACAGUGCCGCGCUGGACCCGGCCUACACCACCCUGGAAUUUGAGAAUGUGCAGGUGUUGAGCAUGGGCAAUGAAACAUCCCCAUCAGAAGGCACCAACCUCGCCGCGCCCAACAGCCUGGGUGUCAGUGCCCUGUGUGCCAUCUGCGGAGAUCGGGCCACGGGCAAACAUUACGGUGCCUCGAGCUGCGACGGCUGCAAAGGCUUCUUCCGGAGGAGCGUGAGGAAGAACCACAUGUAUUCCUGCAGAUUCAGCCGACAGUGUGUGGUGGACAAAGACAAGAGGAACCAAUGUCGCUACUGCAGGCUCAAGAAGUGCUUCCGGGCUGGCAUGAAGAAGGAAGCCGUCCAAAAUGAGCGGGACCGGAUCAGCACUCGGAGGUCCAGCUACGAGGACAGCAGCCUGCCCUCCAUCAAUGCGCUCCUGCAGGCCGAGGUCCUGUCCCAGCAGAUCACCUCCCCCGUCUCGGGGAUCAACGGCGACAUCCGUGCCAAGAAGAUUGCCAACAUUGCCGACGUCUGCGAGUCCAUGAAGGAGCAGCUACUGGUGCUGGUGGAGUGGGCCAAGUACAUCCCAGCUUUCUGUGAGCUCCUCCUGGAUGACCAGGUGGCCCUGCUCAGAGCGCAUGCCGGGGAGCACCUGCUGCUUGGAGCCACCAAGAGAUCCAUGGUGUUCAAAGACGUGCUGCUCCUAGGCAAUGACUAUAUCGUCCCUCGGCACUGUCCGGAACUGGCGGAGAUGAGCCGGGUGUCCAUUCGCAUCCUUGAUGAGCUGGUGCUGCCCUUCCAGGAGUUGCAGAUAGAUGACAACGAGUAUGCCUGCCUCAAAGCCAUCAUCUUCUUCGACCCAGAUGCCAAGGGGCUGAGUGACCCCGGCAAGAUCAAGCGGCUGCGUUCUCAGGUGCAGGUGAGCCUGGAGGACUACAUCAACGACCGCCAGUACGACUCCCGUGGCCGCUUUGGGGAGCUGCUGCUGCUGCUGCCCACACUGCAGAGCAUCACCUGGCAGAUGAUCGAGCAGAUCCAGUUCAUCAAGCUCUUCGGCAUGGCCAAGAUUGACAACCUGCUGCAGGAGAUGCUGCUGGGAGGGUCCUCCAGUGAUGCACCCCAUGCCCACCACCCCCUGCACCCUCACCUGAUGCAGGAGCACAUGGGCACCAACGUCAUUGUUGCCAACACGAUGCCCACUCACCUCAGCAACGGACAGAUGUGUGAGUGGCCCCGACCCAGGGGACAGGCAGCCACCCCUGAGACUCCACAGCCCUCACCGCCCGGUGGCUCAGGGUCUGAGCCCUACAAGCUCCUGCCAGGAGCCAUCACCACGAUUGUCAAGCCCCCCUCUGCCAUCCCCCAGCCCACCAUCACCAAGCAAGAAGUCAUCUAGCAAGCCACUGGGAGUCAGGGCUUCUGCUGGCUCACCCCAACCCCCUCAGAGAGUUCCUGGCGACCACUUGAUCACAGUAAUGGAAGGCGUGACAACAGGGCCAGUCCCAGAGCAGCAAUAGAAAG